UAAAGAAAGUGGCCUUUGCAUCUUCCUCCAGGAGGAAUGCUGUUUUUAAUGUCAACCAAUCGGGAGAAGACAGCAUGGGAUCUACUUCCUCCACACCUAAACCCAGAAUCAGCACAAUUUCUACGGCAGCCCCAGUGCCCAGCCCUGCACCCAGUUUCUACAAAAAGGAGUAUUUAAUCUUGGCCUUUUUUGCUGGGGCUCUGCUGACACUGCUGCUUGUGGCCCUUGUCUUCAUCAUCAUCAAGAGCUACAGAAAAUGUUACUCAAGAGCCCAGGCCCAGGACCCUCACUCAGAGCCUCCUGCCAAGCUUUCAUCUGUAUCAAAGGAGUCACUUACCUAUGCCAUCAUGACUUUCAAGCCCUCAGAAGAAAACAGCAAUGACUUGACCAGAAACCACUCCACAGGCCUGGACUCCAUUGUCUAUUCUCAGAUUAAGGUGGCAGACCCGUCCCUGCCUCUCCAGUGACAAUGCAGGACUUCAGCUCAGCUCCAUAUUGCUUUAUGGUUUUGUUUCAGAUGUUUGUCUUUGUUGUUUUCUACGAACUUAGGACCACAGCCUUGUAAAACUGCAGUUGGAGUGGUUUGGGCUUGAUGUAGCGGUCAUUAGUCACAAGGACCAAUGGUUACUUAGUUUUCCCCACCAGAGAAAAGGCUGCUGGUGCUCUCAGCAGUGGCGGCCCCCUGAGGGACUCCUCUGAACCUUUCCAAAGCGGGACAGCACUCGCUAAUAAAGCAACUCGCUGAUGAUAACCAGGGAGGAACCAACCUAAUGAACAGUCAAGGGUUUUCAAGUAAUGGCAGCUCCUCAUGCAGAGUCAGCCCUUCUUCACCAGUUAGCACUCUGUCCCGUCAUCUUCUCCAGAAGUAAAGACCAGAAUCCUAAGUCAACACAGACUACUCCAUAUUGUACAAAGCGCUGCUAAAAUGUGGGUCUCUCUCUCCUUUG